AUGCCUGGGAGCCGACAGAGCCGCGACGGCUCCUCUGCUGCCCCGGGGCUCUUGCGGACAUGGGAGGGCAGGGACAAGGCUCUCCCGGGCAGCGCGGCCCUUGCGCCGCUCGGGAGGGCUCGAGAGGAAGCUAGGAAGUUCCAGAAGGUGAUUCUGACAGUGUCACCGAGGGGCAUUUCACUGCAGGACGCAGAGACCAAAGAGCUGGUCGAGAACAUCUCCAUCUACAGGAUCUCCUACUGCACAACAGACAAGCUGCAGAACAAGGUCUUCGCUUAUGUUGCCCAGAGCCAAGAGAGCGGGGCCCUGGAGUGCCAUGCCUUCCUCUCACCCAAGAAGAAGAUUGCCCAGGCGGUGACUCUGACUGUGGCUCAGGCCUUCCAGAUGGCACUGGAUCUCUGGGAAGCAGCACAUACAGGCUCUAGGCAGGAACAGCCCCUUCACCCUCCAUGUGCUUUGGAGAACAGUGAGCCCGGCAGAGCAAGUGAGCCAGCCCCCCCGGGGAGCCCUCCCUUCAGACACCACUUUGGGGUACAGUAUGUGCAAGCCUGGCUCGUGCCCAGGGCUGUCUCACACUGGGGAAGGGACAGAGUAAUCCCAGCACAGCCCCUUCUCCCUGCCUGCUGAGCCCCGUUGGUGUCUGCAUGGCGUCCCUCUCCCGUGGGGGCCUGUUGUGGACAGGGGCCCUCCGUGCUCUGCCUGGCUCACUAGGCAGGAGCAGUUCCUCAGUGCUGCUUGCUCCAGGAGUCUCCGGUCAGGCCCAGCACUGCAGCAGCCCGCGG